AUGUCAUCAAAGGGGAAGGAAGAAACGAGCGAUCCAAAUCCGAGUACGAUUAAUGAAGCCCAUAAGAAGGAAGAUACAAUAUGUACAUACACACAAUCAAAAAGGAUACUUACCUCAACACAGGUAUUGUUAUCUACGGCAGUAGUAUUAGUCAAAAAUCGCGAUGGACAAUACAUAGAGGGUAAAGCGUUACUUAACAACGGGUCUCAAUCUAAUUUUGUUACGGAAGAGUUCGUUAAAAAAGUAAACGUGAAAACAAGGGCAAAUCAUAUAGAGAUAAAAGGUAUAAGUCAGCACAUAUCACAUGCUAUGAAAUCAGCGCAAUUACAUGUAAGUUCGCGAUUUAAUACCUUCGGAUUGGACAUGCAAUUCAUAUUAUUGGAAAAGAUUACACAAAAUUUACCUACCAUCGAAGUGAACGUAACAGAUUUAGAUAUACCUAAAAAUAUUAAAUUGGCAGAUCCAAAUUUUAACAUCCCGAGUAAGAUAGAUAUAUUAAUCGGUGCAGAGAGGUUUUGGGAGCUGGUUUGCGUGGGUCAAAUAAGGCUAGGUAGAAACAAACCAAUAUUACAAAAAUCAUUACUAGGCUGGUUAGUAUCAGGAUCCAUUAAUAUAGUCGAGUCAAAAAAACAUUCACAAACAAGCUGUAAUCUAAGUACAUUAGAGGAACUAUGUCAGACCGUCCAAAGGUUUUGGGAGGUAGAAAAUUACGCGAACAUUAAGAAUAGUACUUCGGAAGAAAAGUAUUGCGAAAGGUUAUUCGAAACUAGUUACGUGCGGCAAAAUGAUGGUAGGUUCGUUGUCAAAUUGCCAGUCAAAAAAAAAAUAUUGCCAUUGUUGAAUGGUUCAAGGGAGGUAGCUUUGAAGAGAUUCUUAGCAUUAGAACGAAAAUUUAGUUACAAUCCUGAAUUGAGAGGGGAUUAUAUCACGUUUAUGAAAGUAUAUCAGCAGUUAGGACAUAUGAGUCGAAUAGAGAAAGAGAAAGAUAAUAACUUUCGGAUAUACUUGCCAUACCAAGUCGUAAUAAAAGAAACCAGUGUCACGACUAAAACUAGAGUAGUUUUUGACGCGUCGAGUCAGUAUGUCAAGGGGAAAACUUUAAAUGACGCUCUAUAUAAAGGCCCCACAAUACAAGCAGAUUUAUUUGCCUUAAUAAUACAAUUCCGAGGCUAUAAAUACGUGUUAUGUGAAGAUGUGGAAAAAAUGUACAGACAAAUAUUAGUUGACAAAGAGCAACGGUCGCUGCAAAGUAUAUUGUGGCGGGAAGAUCCGAAAGACGAGUUGCAUGAAUUCGAAUUGAACACCGUGACCUACGGUACGAAACCCGCGUCAUUUUUAGCCGUAAGGUGUCUGCACCAGUUAGCGGAAGUCGAAAAAGUAAACUACCCUAGGGCAGCUGAAGUAUUGUGUAACAAUUUUUAUAUGGAUGACCUCUUAACGGGAAGUAACACAAGUGCGGAAAUCUUACUCUUGAAAGAGGAAUUAAUAGAAUUGCUAGGUAAAGGAGGAUUCAAAUUGCACAAAUGGAGGAGUAACGUAGAGACGGUUAAGGAAAAUAAGCAGUUUAAAAAUGAAAGCUUAGAUAUUACUAAGGAAAAAGAGUCAAGAUUACUAGGGGUAUUAUGGAACCCACAUAAAGAUAUAUUUCAAUAUGAAGUAGACAUAAGGGAGACAGAUCAACGUGUAACAAAGAGGAAAGUGUUAUCGCAAACAUGUAAGCUGUAUGAUCCGUUAGGUUUAGUAGGGCCGGUAAUAACUUCGGCGAAAAUUCUAAUGCAAAAAAUGUGGAGUUCAAGUCUAAAAUGGGACGAAUCAGUGCCCAUGCACAUUCAUAGGGAAUGGGAACGAAUAAGAUCACAAUUGCAUAUACUCAAUGAACUACGAAUAUCUAGACUAAUUGUAUCAGGCGAAGGCCAGGUUCAACUACAGCUGCAUGGGUUUUGUGAUGCAAGUGAGGCGGCGUAUGGUGCAUGCGUGUAUAUACGAAAAAGAAACAAGCGAGGAGAAAUCACGGUUACCCUAGUUUGCUCCAAAUCACGCGUGGCGCCGAUGAAAGCAUUAUCGCUGCCUCGGUUAGAACUAUGUGGAGCCGUUUUGCUAGCCAAAUUAAUGAAUCGAGUAUUAAUAAACCUAAAGUUAAACGUAGCGCAAAAGUUUUACUGGACGGACUCUAAAAUUGUAUUAGCCUGGAUAGACUCCUCCUCUAGAAAAUGGCACAUAUUUGUCGCGAACCGAGUAAGCGAAAUACAUAAUGAUUCCACACCUUCCGAAUGGGAUCACGUAGGAACUAGAGACAAUCCCGCAGAUCUAAUAUCGAGGGGUGCUACACCAGAGCAAUUAGUGAAUUCUAACAUUUGGUGGAAUGGACCUCAGUGGUUGAAACAAGAGAGAGACGCGUAG